GACAGGGCAGCCCCAAUGAUCCCAUUUCCUUGAGGCAGGGCAGGUUCCCUGCAUAAAAAGCCAGUUGGUGGAGGGCACCGCAUCAGAUCCCGCUGACCAUACUGCCUGUCCUUCUCUGCACACCAGGCCCAGCCGCCACGGAAGCAUGAGUUCCCAGCAGCAGAAGCAGCCCUGCGCCCCACCCCCUCAGCUGCACCAGCAGCAGGUGAAGCAGCCUUGCCAGCCUCCACCCCAGGAACCAUGUGUUCCCAAAACCAAGGAGCCCUGCCACACCAAAGUGCCUGAGCCCUGCCACCCCAAGGUGCCUGAGCCCUGCCACCCCAAGGUGCCUGAGCCCUGCCACCCCAAGGUGCCCGAGCCCUGCCACCCCAAGGCUCCUGAGCCCUGCCACCCCAAGGUGCCCGAGCCCUGCCACCCCAAGGCUCCUGAGCCCUGCCACCCCAAGGUGCCCGAGCCUUGCCCCUCAACGGUCACUCCAGUGCCAGCUCAACUGAAGACAAAGCAGAAGUGACAUGGUCAGAGCCACGCCUCUGAGGAGCCCACCACCGGAUGCUGAACCCCUUCCCCAUUCUGGCUUUCAAGUUCCGCCCAUCUUAUAGGACAUGCUCUAUCACCUAAGUCACAGUCCCUCUCUUAUUUGCAACCCAAACCAUGUGCUAGGAACUUGGGGGCAUCUGAGCCUCUGAAUUAGGCAGGGGGGGGGGGCUUGGCACCUGAGCUGGGUUUGAGCUGCUCAGAAUUUGUCUGAAGAGGGACUUAAGGGGAACCCAAGUGAUCCAGCUCUGUCAUUGUCCCCAUUAAAUUCCCUUCAUGCCUCUGCUGA